AUGGCGCCGAUGCACCCCGACGAUGUUCCUUAUCCGUUCACGGUUGACACCGGCCAGCGAAUAGAGGCUCCACGUCAGAAUACAGGACCUGAAACUGCAACAUUGACUUUCCCCAAUGUUCGCGGUCGAUUCCCGUCUGCGCAGGCUUCACGGCUACGAUCGAUGACAUUGGAGGCAUACGCCGACAAGGGCAAGAUCCUCGCCGUCCCUUGCUCCUACGACGCUUUAUCAUCGCGACUUGUCGAGGAAGCUGGUUAUCCCAUGCUAUUCUUGUCUGGAUUCACCGUCGCGAGCACCCACGGGCUUCCGGAUACAGGCUACAUCGCGAUGCAAGAAAUGUGUGGUAAGAUCCAGGAAACAGUCCGCCAGACGUCAGUCCCUAUCAUGGUGGAUGGUGAUACUGGGUAUGGAGGGCCAUUGAAUGUCAAACGAACGGUUGAGAGCUUUGCGCUUGCGGGCGCGGCGGGCGUUAUGAUCGAAGACCAGACAUGGCCGAAGCGCUGUGGGCAUACGAAAGGAAAAUCGGUGGUAUCCCGCGAAGAAGCCUUCGCACGCAUCCAAGCCGCAUGUGAUGCCAGGGAUAACGGUCUUGAUAUUUUCAUCCUCGCCCGUACUGACUCCCUCAUAUUGGGAUGGGAUGAAGCCAUGUACCGUGCGAAGGAGUUUCAAAGAAUUGGCGUUGAUGGCAUCUUUAUUGAGGCUCUUCCCGAUCGUGCCGCCAUGAAGAAGGCCGUGGACGAAAUCAACAUGCCGAUGAUGGCUAACAUCAUUGAGGGAGGUUUAACAGAGAAUCUCUCAGCUCUGGAGCUAGCAGAGCUUGGAUUCAGCGUUGUCGCCUACCCAUUCACACUUGUCGCCGCUAAACUGCGAAGUAUUAGGGAAACAUUGAAGGCUCUUAAGGCAAGCUUGCCUGUAGGGCCUCCGCCCAUGAUUCUUUCCGCUGAGGAAGUCUGCAGAGGUGUAGGCUUCAACCAGUACUGGGACCUCGAACAGAAAUACGCUUAUACAACGAACGGACAGUCGGACAAGAAGAGGAAGGUGAAUGGCAGUUAG